AUGCUACGUCGUUUCCCUAGUCGUCUAACACUUCCAGUAACUGGCAAACAUCCAAAACGUGUAAACGCUGACGAAGCGGUGUCUUGCAUCACUUCCGGUGACCACAUUUAUGUCCAUUCACAUGCAUCAACUCCAACAGAACUUCUGGAUGCGCUAUGCCAUCAUGUUCAACGAAAUAAUUUGUCGAAUAUACGGCCGUCACAUAUUAUCCUAGGAGGAAGAAUACCGUGGACGGAUAAGGAAUACUGGGGUAAAAUUCGUUCAAAAUGUCUUUUCAUAGGUGGAAGUCUACGAAAUCUGGUCAACAAAGGUCAUGCCGAUUAUAUUCCCAUCUUUCUUUCACAAAUCCCUCAACUCUUCUACAGUGGAGGGUUACCAGUUGAUGUUGCAUUGAUCUCUGUCAGCCCACCAGACAGUAGAGGUUUCUGCACAAUGGGAUUGGAUAUUGACUGUUCUAGAGCGGCUGCAAGUAACGCCAAGAAGAUCAUUGCCCUUGUGAAUCCGUCUGUGCCUCGAACCCACGGGGAUACGUCGAUCCACAUCUCCCAGAUAGACUACAUGGUAGAAGUGCAUGCACGUGAAGUUCACGCUAAACCCGACAGUGGAGCGGCUACAGAGGUGGAGAAAACGAUCGGUAAGCUGAUUGCAGAAAAUCUGGUUGACGAUGGUGCCACUUUGCAGCUGGGAAUCGGAGCAAUCCCUGACUCAACGUUAUCAGCAAUGAAAAACCACAAAAAUCUCGGUAUCCAUACUGAAGCCGUCGGUGACGGAGUACUAGACUUGAUAGAUGCUGGUGUGAUAACAGGUCUGAAGAAGUCUGUCCUUCCAGGAAAGAUCGUGACCAGCUAUGCCUACGGUAGCAAACGAUUCUACGAAUUUAUAGACGACAAUGCCCUCUUUCAUUUCGAAGGGAGCGAUUGGACAAACCAUCACGAAGUGAUCAGAUCCAACUCAAAAAUGACCACUAUUAACGCUUGCAUUGAAAUUGAUCUCACAGGACAAAUCGCCGCAGAAUCCAUUGGGGACACAUUUUAUUCUGGGUUCGGUGGUCAAGUAGACUUUGUCACAGCAUCUGCAACAACACAUGACCGUGAAGGAAAAGCCAUAAUUCUUCUUCCUUCGCGUACUUCGAAAGGAAAAUCAAAGAUAGUAGCCUCCUUGUCACAGGGAGCCGGUGUUGUAACAACUCGCGGUCAUACUCACUAUGUGGUAACCGAAUACGGUAUCGCCAAUCUAUUUGGAAAGAGUAUCCGGCAACGAGCUUAUGAACUUAUACAAAUCUCUCAUCCUGAAGAUAGGGAACAUCUCGAAAAAGCCGCUUUCGAGCGAUUUCAGUGCAUGCCUUCGCUUGACUGA